AUGAAUGCUGUAGAAGCUAACAUGAUGAAAUCUCCCAUGGAGCAAGUCGACGAAUUAAAAUAUUGGCUUGCAACCGCACCAUGUAAUUGGGAACCCGACCAGAAUAUUCGUCGGUAUCUUUUACCGACUGGCGAAUAUGUAUCAUGUGUAUUGUGGAAUGGUCUAUACCACAUCACCGGUACUGAUAUCGUGAGAAGCUUAGUAUUCCGCUUUCAAGCCUUCGGAAGACCCGUAAAGAAUAUCAAAAAAUUUGAAGAAGGAGUAUUUAGUGACCUGAGAAAUCUCAAACCAGGCAUGGAUGCGUCACUCGAAGAACCAAAAUCAGAAUUUUUGGAAAUGUUAUACAAGAACAAUUGUAUUCGAACACAAAAGAAACAGAAAGUGUUCUAUUGGUUUUCUGUUCCACAUGAUCGUCUUUUCUUAGAUGCAUUGGAACGUGAUCUAAAACGUGAAAAAAUGGCAAUUGAACCAACAACUUAUGCGGUCGCGGAACCUGCCCUUUCAUUUUCCUUUGACUCGACGCAAUCUUUAUAUGAUCAAUUCACAAAAGGAAUAUCGCCAUCAUCGACAGCCCCAUCGUCGCCACGGAUUCACAACUUGGUUUACGAUCCGACAAAUAUUUCGUCAAUGAUCAAUGUUCCGAUAAUAAAGACAGACGAGUCUUCAAAUUGCGGAUAUUCGCUUGAUGAUGAGACAGCCCAUCAACAGCAACAUAUUGCGCCUUACACGAUUUACAAUCAAAUUCCACAAUGUGAAACUGUACUCACGAAGGCUCACUUAUAUUCCCCGGAUCUUGGAUAUUGUUCGACGGAUGAGUUAUCGAAACCACCAUUCGCACCAACCACUGUAAAUAACGAUCAUCACUCAUCAACAGGAAAUCAUUCACCUGAAUAUUUCAUGAAUGCAACUCGACGCUCAUCAUCCGAUAGUCUAGAAGCUCAAUUAUCUGGACUACAUCAAGCAAUGGUCCCAUCCACAGCAUCAUCUUCAUUGACGUCAUCGCCUUCUUCCUCUUCAAUUAAUAAUCCCGUUGCAACCGCUGCUAAUCUAUUCGGAAUGUUCUCACUCUUCGAAGGUUCACCAACUUACAAGCAACGAAGAAGACGCGCAAAUUCAUGUACAAGUGUUCAUGCGAAUAACAACAAUAAUAAUGCUAUUAAUGGAAAUCAUCCGAAUUCACCUCCAACUCGGUCAAGUGCGUCGCCUUAUCCUCUAAAAACCUAUAAUUGUCCUCUUCCCACCUGUGGACGCCUCUUCAAACGACUUGAGCAUUUAAAAAGACAUGUGCGCACGCACACAAUGGAACGUCCUUACGCAUGCCCCAUAUGCGGAAAGAGAUUCUCAAGAUCCGAUAAUUUGGCCCAACAUCGCAAAACUCACGAACGAGGCAUGAAUAAUUCACCAGCACCAUCGGAUGAUCACUCCGAUCUUGGUUAUGAGGAUAACAACAAUAACAAUUAUGUACCUGUAUUUACAAACGAACAGCAACCAUACGCUAUGUAUGGGUUCCCACAGAACUUUUUGGAAGGUAGUGUUGGAAAUGGGAUAUUAGUCUAA